AUGUGGCGACUCUUGGCGUUGUCCAUUUGGGCUACGAGCUGUUGGGAUUUAGUAGCAUCUGCAAAUAGGGAAUCUGGUGUGUUGCCUACUGGAGGAACUCAAGACAAACUUCCACUCCAGGGUAGUGCUACGAAACGUCCACAGAAUGGAGCGAGGGCGGACGCGUUGCCUGAUAAACAAAAAUUCUACACAGCAAGUGCGCAUGAAAAACGUGGUGGGAGGUACGGCUCGAUCCGUGCAAUGCAUGAUUUACUACGAGCUCGCCAAUCCUCUGACGAGGGAUUAAUUGAGCUUCAAUACCCCAUCUACCUAAGCCACGCCCUUUUGCUUUCCAAUGUGGAGGCGACAGCCCACGACGUUAAACGAAUGCCGUUGCACCGCUUUAGUGCGCCCUUAGACCCAAGUCAAAUUGCAGAGGUUCCUCUGGACAAAGUUGGAGGGCCACGUCCAUACCAUAUGUUCGUCCUGUUCACUUUCGUUGAGAAGCGCACUGAUGAAAUCGCUCAACGUCUCAGCAGCCAGUGCAAGGACUGUGCGGGUGCUCUUGCGGCAUUCCGCAACGUAUCGAAAGCCUACAAGUUAACAGAUUCCUCACCAGGGAAUGAGGAUUUACUACCUGUUUUCUUCGCCAUUGUUAAUGUUGGCAUGCGAGAUGGAGCUGCAAUAUCUGCUAUUCAUCCCGCAAUGCAGCUCCCUAUCGUGAUAUACCUGGCCCCCACAGCGCUCCACGACUCCUCUCGUGUGCUUUCCCCUCAGCUCACUUCCGAAGACAGCCUCCACACUGCACUGCGCCGAAUAGUAGCAGCGGAUUUUUUCGACAGUGCACUUGCAGUGGAGGCGGAUAAUGAUGAAGAUACAAAGUUAAGGGAACUCCUCCUGCAACAGAAGCGAGACAAUAUUCACGGGAAAAUGCAUUUUUUUGCCUUGCCACAUAAGCACAUGCUUCUUCUGCGACGUCGCAAGAACGAAGCACCAGUUGAACAACGCCUCCUUGAAUGGGUUAAUUCUCGCACAAAAAGGCAAGUGAAGGGCGAGUGUGGCAACAAGCACCAUGAGCAGGAAACAAAAAUGGCGGCUUAA